CCUUACCGAAACUUCACCCUAUUUACACAUUUCAACAAACAAGGGCAUCAGCAUUCAUAGGUUGCAAAUUACGUAACUUUUGCGUUAAUUACUACUCAACCCCCACUUGCUGGCUGUGUCUCUAGCUUCUCAUGUUAUUAAUCAGCCCGCGGGCGCGGUCCUUCCCUCCAUUUGAGCCUGGAGUCCGUUCUGGACGCGAUCGCCCACUGCCGGUAUUACCAUUCUCCAGUUACUGCUCAGCCCAGCUGACUUCGCUCCUGGUGGCUCUCGUCCGGACAGCACAUCCAAUUUGGGAUUGUCUUACCUAUUCCUUGAAAUUGUAAUCACGCAUCCGAUGGUCACAAUGCAACUGAUUAAUCGUAACUGCCCAGCUAUCUACUACUCGUCUGAAAACACAAAAGCCAAAGCUUGACUCAGACCCUCAGCAUACCCGCCAGGGCUCGCAGCCGCCCCCUCUGAGGCGGGAGCGUUCUCAGCGAACGUGGCGGCGGCCCCACCCCUCCGCAGUCACGGGGCCGUCCAGCGCAGCAAUGGCGGCGCCCAGCGCCGUGUGGCUCGGCGGGGACCCGGUGGAGUGGGUGCUGUGCCCCUACGACGUCCAUCACCGUGUCCCCCGCGCGUCCUUGGAGAGGCACGCGGCGUCCUGCCGGCUCCGCAGGAUGGGAUACUCCGCCGAGGAGGAGGCCGAGAUGUAUGACUCCAGCUUUUUCUACGAAAACCUGAAGGUUCCUACUGUCGCCAUGGAUAAAGAUCUGCAGUUUCACAUUGUUAAGCAGGCUAGAGCCCAAAGUGCAAAGGAAGGUGCAGGCUACAGCGAAGGAUCUUAUUCAUUACUGCCUGUAGAAGUUCCUCAAAACCACAAGCAUUUCAUCUGUGACCUGACCCAAGCUGACCGUCUUGCUCUUUAUGAUUAUGUUGUUGAGGAAACAAAGAAACAGAGGUCUAGAUCCCAGAUAACGGAAAAUGAUAGCGAUCUCUUUGUGGAUUUAGCAGCAAAAAUCACCCAAGAUGAUAGUCAGAAAGGUCCGAAGUCCCAUCUUGAAAUUUUGGCUGAAAUGCGAGAUUACAAAAGGCGGCGGCAGUCAUACAGAGCUAAGAAUGUUCAUAUAACGAAGAAGUCCUACACUGAGGUGAUUCGGGAUGUAAUUGGUGUGCAUAUGGAAGAACUCGGCAAUCAGUGGCAGGAGAACAGGUUGCAUAAUGCAGAGAUAUGUGAAGGAGAGAAGUUGAAGUCCUCAGGAAGGGAAGACAGGCGGUCGGCUUCAGUGGACUCGCAGCAGUCUGGGGGAAGCAGUAGGGAUACGGAGGGCUCGAGACACAGGAGAGACACCAGCAGGAGUCCAAGUAAACGAAGAAGGAGUCGUGAGAGAGGCAAAGACAGAGAUUCUUGGAGAAAAAGAGAGAGGACCACAGGUGUGUGGGACCUGUGUUUGAGCAGACAUGAGGACUCUUGUGCAGAAGAAAUGCUGCCUUGCCCUUCAUGUUUGGGGAUGAAGACAAAUACCACAACCAUAAAAGAAGAAAGUAGAAACAAUAACCUGAUUAUUUUGUUCAUCAGCUGUUCAAAACAUAACUUCCACAAGAACUAUUAUUACUGUUGUUUUGCUCGAGACAGUAAAGUUGCCCACAUAAUAUUGGUGUUGCUUCACACCUGUGCUGCUUUGGAGACAAAAAAAGUGCUAAGGUUUGUGAGGAUGGAAGCAGUAUAUUUCAGAAAAUGUGUAAUUUUGUAACAUUUAUACACCUGUUAAUAAAUUAUAUUGAUAUCAUG